AAAUAUUUGUCUUAUCGUCGACUAAUCGUUAAAGACAGGUGAGACAUUAUUUGUUAUUGUAGAUAACGAAAUUGUGUUUGGUUACACACAGGCUGAAAGCUGCACACAUUCGAAAUAAAAACAUUAGCUGAAAGUUAAAUUUAAUACAUAAAGAUAAGAUAAAUACAAGAUAAAAUUACAGAUUUUGCCUCUAAUACAAUGAAACAUUAACACAGAUCAGUCUGACUUUUAAUUUUGUGUGGCGUUGUACAAAAUGUGCACAGACAUGGAAUAUGUUAUCAUUUCAGUCUAUUAUUUUUUUGUGCUUCAGGAAACAAUGGCACAACUUAGGAAGCUGGUGAGAACUGUUCUUAUUAUGCAGCCGAUGGAUCGUUUUUUCUACCAGGUGGUUUAAACAGUGUAGAGGUUUAUUGAAAUACAUCCACAAACUGAACAGCAGGAUAAACAACUGUCUUGUUUUUUUGUGUUAUAAUUACUUUGCAUAGUUAUUUUACAGAAAAGUGGAUGCUUAGCUCUGUGACUUGUUAUUGUUGGCAAAACAUAAGGGACACAUCUGAUCAGGUCUUAGUGAUGUUGCCUCCCUCUUAGAAAAACUGUUUUCUGUGUGUCAUGAUAUUUAUCAACUUAAUUACAUGAAAAUUACCUUAUAUUUCCUUUAAAAGGAUACUCUGCCACUUUACAACCAGCUUUGUAUCAAAACAGCGUGGGUAGUGUGUUUGGAUAAACUGUGGCAAUCUUUCCUCCAUCAUUCGUCAUUGGCUGUGUUUUUCUGGUUCUCAAGGCUGUUGUUUGAACUACAGCCUAUACUUCCACAUUUUCGUAUUGCACACCAACCCUGCCAACAACAUGUGCUCAAAGAUUAUAGAGCUGAUCAUGCCCCAUUUCCCUAUAAUGGGGAAAGUUUGUGAACAGGAAGUGGGUGCCAUACUGCUUCCUGUUCAGUGAAAACAGAGGCUGAAGAAGCAGAGAUCAAACUAAAACUGUGUAGCGCUGAUCAAAUAGAAACCAAGACUCUGGUACUGAAUUGCGUAUUUCUUGCCUCAAAUGUUUUCAGAAACAUGUUUUAGUUUACCGUUUAAGUGGAACACAAGAUCGGGCCGAUUGCCAUUGUUUUGAAUGGACCAGUCUGCAUUAUGUCAUGUGCGCUGCAUCUCGGUAGGUGUAGGUUUUCUACCUCUUGAGCAAAAGUGUCCUUUUUCUCUGUUUUUUCUGGUCAUGUUGCACCAAUUUCAAAAGUAUUUGCAUCUUUCUACUGCAGACAUGGCCUAUUUUAAUGCGAGGACCUUCUUUAUAUGAAUGCAAGUGACCAGAUCUGGAUGCACAUUUCUAGCAUACCUUGUAAAAAAGACAUGGUUUUGUAUGGUCUUUUGUGUUUGACAAUCUGCCUUUUAUCCUUUAACUGAUUUGUUCCUCUGUGUUUUUCACAGAUGAUGCUCAAAACCACAUAGUAUUUACCUCCACCUCUGACUGACAACCAAGAACAUCUAGUCAGAUUUUAGAGAACCACUGUGGAAUUUAGAGUCAGUAUUUAUUAAUUUGGCAUCUUAUUUGCUUCUGAGCAUGGACUCUUAACUUCCUCAGCAAUCAGGACUCACUGUUACACUUUUUCUUCAGUUGUGUGACAAAUUGUUCGGGUAGUUGCACUGUACUACAGUGUGUUACUGUAAAAGCUUGUCAAGCCUCAUCAAGAUGUUUUCAGCACUUAAGAAGUUGGUAGGAUCCGAGUCAGUCCAGCUCAGGGACAAGAACAUUCCAGCUGGCCUGCAGUCAAUGAACCAAAGUUUGCAGAGACGUUUUGCCAAAGGGGUCCAGUAUAAUAUGAAAAUCGUCAUCCGCGGAGACAGAAACACAGGAAAGAGUACGUUAUGGCAUAGAUUGCAGGGCAAGAAGUUUGUGGAGGAGUACCUCCCCACUCAGGAGAUCCAAGCCACAAGUAUCCAUUGGAAUUACAAAACUACUGAUGAUGUGGUCAAGGUAGAGGUGUGGGAUGUGGUAGACAAAGGCCAAAAAUAUCCUCUUCCUGAAGGUGUAGGCAAAGGCAAAAGGCGCGGCGAUAAUUUAAAGCUGGAGAAUGAGCCCCAAGAGUCAGAUGAGGUGGCCCUGGAUGCAGAGUUCCUGGAUGUGUACAAGAACUGUAAUGGAGUCAUCAUGAUGUUUGACAUUACAAAGCAGUGGACUUUUAACUACAUCCUGAAGGAACUGCCCAAAGUACCCACCCAUGUGCCGGUGUGUGUGUUGGGAAACCACAGGGACAUGGGCGAGCAUCGAGUCAUCCUUCCUGAUGAUAUAAGAGACCUUAUUGCUGGACUUAACAGACCAAUGGGAGCUUCUUACAUCCACUAUGCAGAGUCCUCAAUGAAGAAUGGCUUUGGCUUAAAAUACCUGCACAGGUUUUUCAACAUCCCUUUCCUGCAGUUACAGAGGGAGACCUUGCUGAGGCAGCUAGAGACAAACCAGCUGGACAUGGAUGCCACCCUGGAGGAGCUCUCUGUCCAGCAGGAGACUGAAGAUCAAAACUAUGAGAUUUUUCUUGAGAACUUGGAGUCUCGCAGUAAGGGCUAUGGCUCUUCGUGCCCAGCUAAUGGUCAGAGUCCCUCCUCGGGUUCCCAGUCCCCCAUCAUUCCACCCAGUGGGGCCUCUACAGGCAGCUCUAGCCCCAGCACCCCUCAGCCUCCCGUUUCUUCCCAGGCGCUCCCACAGUCACCGUCUGUGUUGGCCUCCUCCCCUCUACCUCCGUCGACAACAGUUAGCGGAGCAGCUUCACCUGCUGUUGAGUUGAAGCCAUCAGCCCAGUCACCCGAACACCUUCAGGCCUCAGCUGCAUCAGGAGUGUCUGCCCCCCAGAAACGUGGCUUCAUCUCCCGCUGGUUUGGUUCAUCCCCUGCUGCCGAGGCUCCUGCUUCUGCACCAGAUGAGCCACCUGCACCAGUGUGUCCAGCUAAGGUUCAGAGUGUGGAUGAUUUUGUGCCAGAUGAGAGACUGGAUAAAAGCUUCCUGGAGGACAGCCUGCCCUCCAAGACCAAGGUGCCUCAGCCUGCACUGGCUUUGGACAGCGACAGUGAUGGUGAAGACAGAGGAAACCCCAUGGUGUCUGGUGUCCAGGAUGAACUGGAUCCUGACGAUACUGAGCCCAGCUUGCCCCAACCUAAGACCCUGCCUCUCAGUAAAGAUGUCACUUUGACCAGUGAUGAGGAUGACGGAUUACCAGCAGCACCUACCAUCAGGCAGGACCAAGACUGGGACAGUGAACCUGAGCUGAAAGCGCCUGUGAUCCACAUCACAAAACCAAAGGUGGCAUGUAAAGCUCCAGAGCCCAGAGGACCUAUCUCCCUCACUUUAACUCCAGCAGCAGAGCAGCUGCCAAGACACCAGACCAAGAAGAAGGGAAGCCCACCCAAAGCUGACGACUCUGAUACAGACCCUGAGGCUCCUGUAGCCCAACAAAUGCUCUCGUUUGUCAUGGAUGACCCUGACUUUGAGUCUGAAGCAUCGGACACACCAAAAAUAACCAAGCUGCUUCUUUUUUCCCAGGAUAUAUUUCCAAUCAGAGAUGAGCUUUUGUCCGACCCCUCUGACGAUGACAUGCAGAUAAUGAAGGUUCCAGAACCUCUGAAGCCCACUGUGAUCUCCUUCAAACACAAGGAUGAUACUGACCUGUUUGGCCUCGGCAUCCAAGAAGAGGCUCCCGCAGUCAUCGACAGCAGCGAGGAGCAGGAAGAGAAGGAAAGCAAACACUCAUCCAAAGACAAGAAAAAAAAGAAGAAGAAAAGCAAAGAGGAAGAUGAAAAGAGCAAGAAGAAACACAAACACAAGAAAAAGGAAAAAGAUGAGGCUGCAGUAGGAGAUGAGAAAGAAAAAAAGAAAAAGAAACCCCGGAGCAAGAAAACAGAAGUGGAUGAGCUGGAGGACUUUCUGGGUGGAGGAGUGGGGUCAAUCAAAAGAGAUGAUGGUGAUUAUGAAGAACUAUAAAAGCUCCUGUUUUAUAAGGAAUGGAGCUGCAUUUAAGGUUCCUUGACUUGUAAGAACAUAAAGCAUCUCCAAGCCAUAUGCAGUAUGCAAGGCUACCAACCCCCAGGUAAAGUAAAUUAAGGACUUUGUCUGAUCAAUUUCCCUAUCUGCACUACUGCUGUCACUUCCAUUCCAGCCAAUGAGAAACAGUGAGGAGACCCACAUGUACUGUAGUGAGCGAUGACAGUAAAAUUUGAUCAAUGGUGUAGCCACUGAUUGGCUCUUUGUUCAUUGUCUAUGUUGGCUUAAUAUUUUCAUUGAUUUGAUACACUCUGCAAGUGAUCUUUUCCAAACCCACAGCUGUAAAUAUGGAUAUGAUUUGUCUGUAUUAUAGUUUGGUUGGUGUAAUAUUGGGAGCAUGCUGUGUGUGAUGAAUGAUUUCCUGAACACUCCACAAUAUUCCGUCUUUUUUUUCUCUCUUUCCUACUUGUUGUCUUAAGUGGUUAGUGGCAGAUUUAGUCUUGUGUUCUGAAUGUGAUCAAUGAAGAAUAAUUCAGAGAGUGGAUUUAAGAGUUUUGCCCAUCACCAAUGGAGCAAAUAACCUCCCCUUCCUCACACUUGGAGUAUGUCCAGAUUAAGCUGAUUUAAAAAAAAAUUAAAUACGUUGUUUUUAUGCUUUGUUUUGGCCUCAAUCCACACACAUAUUUGCAAAACCUUCAAGUAAACCUGCUGCUGUUUGGCAGCAAAAUAAAUAAUAAAAAAUCAUUUUCACCUCUUACUCUUUCUGUGCUCACUACUUUCAAGCUCGCACAGCAAAGAGCUUGCUAUUAUUUAAAUAAAUUAUGAAUUCAUCAGACGCCCUUAGAGUCAGGGGAGUAAGCAGCUCUGUCUGUCUCGCCACGUAAAAGCUGUGUUGCACAGAAAUGAGGGCCAAAGAAGAUGAUGAUGAGGCCAUGAUGUAAUGGAGCAAAAAUUAGCAUUGCGCUUUAGCACUGCGCUUUAGCAAUGCUAAUUAGCAUUAGCCUUGUUAGCAUUUCCUCAGAUCCCAACUCAGUCAAGCGUUUGUGUGAUGUGCUGGUACCUACAGGGGGACCUCCUGCAGUGUCUGGCUCUAGAGCAUUCGUGCAAGAUCCUUUGAAUACUGCUUGAUCAGAUUGGAGUCUUGGGCAGGCCACAUCGACAUCUUGAGCCCAAAUUCCUUGGGCCAUUCUUGAGCAGGUUUUGCAGUGUGGCAUUACGUAGUCCUGCUGGGAGGGCCACUGUCAUUGGGGCAUGCAGUUGCCAUGAAAGGGGGUACUUGGUCUGCAAAAGUGCUUGUGUCAGUGGUGUGUUUAAAUGGCAUUUACAUGAACACCCAAACCCAAAGCUUCCCUGCAGAAAAUUGCAUUUUAACGAGAUGAACGAUGUUAUUCAUUUUGUCUGUCAGUGGUUGUAAUGUUGUGGCUGAUCAGAGUAUAUACACAUUCACCCUCUUUCUACUGACUGAGAGGAAAAAGACACAGCAACCAUGAGGCUUUCCAGGUUCACUUUCAUUCCUAUAAACAUGUUUACAUCUAUUAACGUGAUUUUUUUGUUCUCAGGUGGAACAGUAAGUUCCAGGAGCAUUAGAUGUGUCCUGUAAUCUGCAAUGUCUCUUGGCCAAGUCACAGCAAGGUUGUAUGACUGACUCCCUAAUCUAACAAUGACCAUAUUGAAAGAGUAAUCUGAUCCCAGCAUUUCAAUGGACCUGCAUUUGUAAAUGACCCUGCGCUUGUAUUGCGCUUUUCUUGUUCGACCACUCAGAGCACUUUCACACUAGAGGAGUCACAUUCAUCCAUUCACACACACAUUCACACACUGGUGGCCAAGCUUACCAUAGGGGUGGGCGAUAUGGCAAAAAUAUCAUGUCACGAUUCUUUUUUAUUUUGGAUUUUAAGACUAUUGUGCAUGUUACUGAACAGUAUAACCAAGCUAAUUUCACAAUUUAAAAAAUAUAGCUCUAAAAUAAAGAAUAUAAGAACAUUUAGGCCAAAGUACCUUUUUGAACAGAUUUAAUUCAUUUAUGAAUACAAAUUAAAAAUUAAGAGAGAGGUUGAAAAUAAGGCAAUGUGUCUGUGGCCCCGGGCCCCAAAUCACUAUGUCUGCCCCUGGUAAUGAUAAUGAGCACUCAGUGCAAUACGCUCUAAAUACUUACAUCCAAAGUCUGACUGAACCUGAAACUAACACAGAAUGGUCUUUAGAAGUCUGAAGAAGUCACUUUCCACCUCUGAAUGUUUGUCUGUUGGUUCAUUCACACACUUUGGUGCUGUGAGGAGAAGCUCUGCUCUGUCUGUCUCUAACCGCGCUGCGCUGUCAGGCAAUCAGAUGUUUGAUCCGUAAUAAUGAAACACCACUCGGUUGUCAAAUAAUCGGCUGUAUUCUACAGUCAGUCCCUCACUGCAUUACAUGAUUGUACACUUCUGCUGUCACUGUGUUUUGGCAUGAGAUUUGCUUUGGUGUCAUGAGAGCGCCAGACUGACGGUGAAAGCGUGUGUCACACGCCAGGAGUGUGAGAGUUGGCAAACCUGAAAUAUGUUAAAAUGCAGAAAAUCCUCCGUGAUGGCGGAUUGUGGACACAUUCUAAUUCUUCACGAUCUAAUAUCGUCAUAUCGCACACCCCUAGGUUACCAUACAAUGUGCCACCUGCUACUCAGUUUUAAACAUUCAUACCCACCGAUGGCACAGCCCAAGGAUACUCUGAUGUUGACUGGAGGAACAGGUGAUUGAACCACCAACCAUCUGAUCAGUAGACAACUCACUCUGCCUCUGAGCCACAGCCUGCCUGGGCAUGUGAUGAUAGAGACUGAUAGAGACAAAUUGAAAUGUGUUUUUUUUAAAUGAGCCAGCUUAGGGUGGACAUAGUCUUGGUGUGAAAGUGACCACAGCCACUAAUCCCCAAUGUGUCACAAUGAUUUCAUUCACUGGUCAAAAUAGCCGGUGCAAGUUAUUCUCUUGCCCUGUCAGCACAAAUGAACCUUUCUCUACUUCACCCCACGCACAAAUUCUCCUUAUGUUUUCUACAGUUGCCUUAAUGGAGGUUGAUACAAGGGAAUGAUGUGCCGCUCUUCUCAUGAACCACUUUAAGUGUUCUUACUGUAAAGAGUUAAGUAGCUCAGUUGGGUUCAGAAUGAUGCCCUGGACUUUUAUUUGUUAACUGAAUCUGCAUCUUCUCUGAAGCUUUUACUUGUAAGAUUGCUGUGAAACAGUACAUUUGUUUGUCUUUGGUUUUUGUUUGAUUCCCAUUGGAUGGCAAAACACCACCGUAAUUAAGGAAUAUUAUGGAAUUGUGUUAAUAUUGCUCCAUAAGUAACAUUUCUAAGAUUUCCCAAUUGUUUUCUCUUGUGUUAUUUAUUGCUUCUAUUUUGUUUUGUUGCAAAAUGUCAGGGUUCAGUUUGUGUGAUUUGUGCUGAAACAGUCCUUAAUGCUCAAACACAUUAAGCUUUUUAUGGGUUACAGUUGUUCAAAUCUCUUAAAACAUUCUCCAAUGGUUUACUUCCACUGCUUUUAACAGCAUGUACAUGGUGGUAUGCACUAUGUACAGUAAAAUAUCUUCCAUAAAUAAUCAAAUGUUUCAAAUAAGUGAAGCUUUCUUGCACAGAUGUCAUACAGUUUCCAUCUCCCAUACACACCAUAAAAGGUUACAUUCUGUUGGUUUACAAAGAAAGUAUGUUUUCUUUUCCAAAGUUGAAACUAUGCAGCAUUGAUCCUGAAUACUGUGCUCUUUUUUGUCUUUUCUCAUGUGAUUGAGGAUAAAUGCUGAAAGCACAGUUUCAAGCAAAGUCUGAGACUUCAAUGUACAGCAAGAAAAUAAUGUAUAAAGUAUAUUGAUAAAAACAUAUAUUUGAAGAGCUUUGUUCCAGAAAUGAUACGUACACCAUGUGGAAACAAUGCGAUUGAAAUCCUAUGAAAUUAUCUCAACAGGAAAGAUCUGAUAGGCAAAAUUCUGCUGUCCAAAGUAAUAAUAUUUCUGAGAAUGGAUAUGCACUUUGGGAAUGUUGUCUUUCUGGUUGUUUUUUUUUCCCAAAUGGAUGUAAGACAUUUCAGAAAUGAAACCCUUCAUUUUUUUUUCACCCCAUGACAUGUUCCAUCUUAACACUAAGUGUGAGUUUGCCUGUUUGGUUUGUCCAAUAAAUGCAAACUUAUUUCUUCAUAGA